AAGCCAGGUGUCACCCAUCCUAUAUCGAUGCAUUUCAUUUUUUCUUCUUAUGUGCAAUACCCUGUUGAAAAUCAUUUUGUUAGUUUUGGCCCAGCUGUCUAAUCUGUUAUUUUGGAUUCUGAUCCUGGCCUCUUGGGUAUUAGCCAAUUUGACAUCAUCUACAAAUAUGAUAAGCAUGCCCUCUGUUUCAUCAUUCAAGAAGUUGAUUUUGCAUAUCCAUGUCCACAAAUCUCAUUGCAUUUACUCUAAAAAGAAAGCCUGAGGAGGCAAGCAGGACCUCCACAGGAAAUAUUUUCAGAAGCAUUGCUAAAAUGUUUCCUGGUAGUAUGUUUGAUAUGUUGAUCCCAUUACAACAGAUCCAGCAUAUGUCUACUCAAAAGUCAUUCCCAUUUUAUUUAUCCACUCAAAACUAAUCUCCAAAUGGGCAUGCCAGUGCAAUCUAAUACAGGUGUAUAGAGAUUUAACUCCUCUUCUGUUCUUACCUUUCCUCCCAGGAAAGUCAGUAUAUAAAGGUAAUUGCAGCUCUUACCUAAGUGUGAAUAGUAUCACAACCUUACUUCUCUGGCUCUUUAAAGUACAAUGGUAAAUUGAACACUAUUUCCCCACUUCCACACCUGACCCAUAUACCUGUUGUUUAAUGUAUGGAAUUUUUUGUCAUCCAGGACAUCAGAGAGCCUUGGAGAACCAGUAAUAUUAAAAUAGAGGCACAGAGUGAUGAAGAGAAUGGGCGUGCCUGUGAAAUGAAUGGGGAAGAAUGUGCAGAGGAUUUACGAAUGCUUGAUGCCUCUGGAGAGAAAAUAAAUGGUUCACACAGUGGCAACAAAGCCAUGUCAGGAGUUGGAGGCAUUCGGCUCCCUAACGGAAAGCUAAAGUGUGAUGUCUGUGGGAUAAUUUGCAUCGGUCCCAAUGUGCUUAUGGUUCACAAGAGAAGCCACACUGGUGAACGUCCCUUCCAGUGUAAUCAGUGUGGAGCAUCCUUUACUCAAAAAGGCAACCUUCUCCGCCACAUAAAGUUACACUCAGGCGAAAAGCCAUUCAAGUGUCACCUGUGUAACUAUGCUUGUCGCCGUAGAGAUGCUCUCACAGGUCACCUGAGGACCCAUUCUGUUGGAAAGCCCCAUAAAUGCGGAUAUUGUGGUCGGAGCUAUAAGCAGCGCAGUUCUUUGGAAGAACAUAAGGAACGCUGCCACAACUAUUUGCAGACCAUGAACCUCUCAAGCAACCUUUAUCCAGUCAUGAAAGAGGAAACUAACCAGAAUGAAAUGGCUGAAGACCUGUGCAAGUUGGGUUCAGAGCGAUCCCUUAUACUGGACAGACUAGCAAGUAAUGUCACCAAACGUAAGAGUUCUAUGCCUCAGAAAUUUGUUGGUGAGAAAUGCAUAUCAGAUGUUCCCUAUGAUGCAACCACCAUUUAUGAGAAGGAGAAUGAUAUGAUGCAGACCCAUGUCAUAGACCAAGCUAUUAACAAUGCCAUCAGCUACUUAGGGGCUGAAUCAUUGCGUCCUCUGGUGCAGACUCCACCAAGUGGCUCUGAAGUCAUGCCUGUCAUCAAUUCAUUGUAUCAGCUCCACAAGCCAACUGGAGACAACCAUGUUCAAUCCAAUCAUGCAGCUCAGGACAGCGCAGUGGAAAAUUUGCUACUUCUUUCUAAAGCCAAAUCAAUUUCUUCAGAAAGGGACCCUUCACCCAGCAACAGCUGCCAAGAGUCCACCGAUACAGAGAGCAAUAAUGAGGAACGCAGUGGCUUAAUUUACUUAACAAAUCACAUACCAGCCCAUGCACACAAUGGCCUCGCUAUAAAGGAAGAAUACAGGCAGUAUGAUGCCCUGAGGGCAAGCAGUGACAGCCCCCAAGAUGCUUUCAAAGUAAUUAAUGGAAAUGGAGAGCAAGUGAAAGUUUACAAAUGUGAACAUUGUAGGGUCCUGUUCUUAGAUCAUGUGAUGUAUACCAUCCACAUGGGGUGCCAUGGUUUUCGUGAUCCUUUUGAGUGUAACAUGUGUGGCUACCGCAGCCAGGACAGGUAUGAAUUCUCUUCUCACAUAACCCGGGGAGAACACCGCUUUCUCAUGAAUUAAAACUCUUCAUGUACAGAGGUCGCUUUUGUGCUAUGAACAACAAUGCAAAAGAGCCAAAAGACAACAAGACAGUGUUCCAAUCAAAAUUAAUACCAGAAGACUUGCAUCCCCAGAAAUGAACUCUUGUAGCAUGCAAACAUACAUCAAUUUUAUACAUUGAUGUUUUUGUUGCAAUUAUAGAUCAUCUAAGAAAAAUACACUUUUUUCACCAUACAAAUCUUUCACUUCUUGUAACAGUGUAAUACACUCACUGGCAGUAACCCACAUUUAGAAUAGUAUAAAAUAGCAUAGCCAAUGUGUUAUAGUAAUUCAAGUGUUAAACUAUGGGAGACCAGAGUUCGAAUCCCCAUUUCACCAUGGAAACCCACUGGGCAAGUCACCCAGUGGCAAGGCAGCCUGAGAAGGCAAGGGCAUACCCCCUCUAAACAAAUACUACCACGGAAAACCCAUAAUGGAUAUGCUUUUAGGAUUGUUAUAAAUCAGAAUGACUUGAAAACACACAAUAGUAACAUCACUUAACUUUUUCUCACCUUUGUUGAAUAUCUGGAUUUGUUUUAUAUAAGGUUAAAUGACUACUGCCAUCAUAAUUUGCCAUUGCUCCGCUGUGUCCACAGAUUCAACCAUCCACGGCUUGAAAAUGUUUUUAAACAAAUUCAAAAGUCAAACCUUGAUUUUAGUAUUUUAUAUAUAUUUUACUAUGUCACUGGAUAUCAUGGGACUUGGAACCCUGGAACUGAAUCCCAUCAGGUACCAAGACCCAUAUGUGUGUCUAUUUCAGAACAGAAUGACCAAAUAUCAACACAGCAACAAGCCAAUAUUUGUAACAAAGAAUCCUGAACAGGAAAUAAUGGGCAAAACUGAUCAUGUACACUGUAUCAAGCACUUUCUUGUCACAUUGAUGUGGAUGCACAUACUUUAGUGUAUUACACACAGAGAAAAAAAAAAGAUUUGCUAGUAUGAUCUGUUCAGAAAGAUCCACAUUGAGAUUCCUUUGAGUUUGGUUCACUUUAUUAUACAGACAUCCAAUUCAACAUACUGCCACUAUCUUUUUGUAGGUUUAUGUAAAUGUCUACAAAACAGUCAUACAGACAUAUGAAUGUCUCUGGUUAUAUGUUUCAUAGCUAUACAUUAUUCGCAUGUGUUGGUUUUCAAAAAAAUAUCUGGACAUUUUCUAAAUGCAUGGUUUUGAUAAAUGACUUUGGAAACACAUUCCACUUUGAGAAAAAUGAACUGGAUAGAUUUCUGAACAUUCAUGUUUGUUACCACAGUAUUUCUCACAUCUGUAAAUAGCAAUAGAUAAAUACUUUUCAUAAUUCA